AGAACUUACUGACCAUCCUGAGCUGCAGCGCUUCCUCCUCACCCUCUUACUGUGGUAGCUCGGAUCUGGCUUCUUGUGCUUUUAAAAGGCGUUUCCGAUUCACGCACCAGCAGCUAAUUCCACAAGAGUUGUAAAGCAGCCUUUGACAUAAACUGAGACAGAAGUUUCCCCUAAGAGACAGAGUCUUCCUGUUGUUUGUUUUUUUCUUGCUAUUUUUUUUUUUUUAAUUGGCAAAGACUCCUGGCUCUCCUCAGAGGAAUAUCUUGUUGCUCAGCAUGAGUGGCUGUAGGAAACGGUGCAAACGUGAAAUAUUGAAGUUUGCCCAGUACCUUCUCAGACUAUUAACAGGUUCUCUUCAUACAGACAGCGUGGAAGAUGAGCUGGAGAUGGCCACCGUCAGGCAUCGGCCUGAGGCCCUGGAGCUUCUGGAAGCCCAGAGCAAAUUUACCAAGAAAGAGCUUCAGAUUCUCUACAGAGGAUUUAAGAAUGAAUGUCCCAGCGGUGUUGUUAAUGAAGAAACCUUCAAAGAGAUUUACUCACAGUUCUUUCCACAGGGAGACUCUACAACAUAUGCACAUUUUCUGUUCAAUGCAUUUGACACGGACCACAAUGGAGCUGUGAGUUUUGAGGAUUUCAUCAAAGGUCUUUCCAUUUUGCUCCGGGGGACAGUGCAAGAAAAACUCAACUGGGCUUUUAACCUGUAUGACAUAAACAAAGACGGCUAUAUCACUAAAGAAGAAAUGCUUGAUAUAAUGAAAGCAAUAUAUGACAUGAUGGGCAAAUGCACAUAUCCUGUCCUCAAAGAAGAUGCCCCCAGACAACACGUCGAGACAUUUUUCCAGAAAAUGGACAAAAAUAAGGAUGGGGUUGUUACCAUUGAUGAGUUCAUUGAAAGUUGCCAAAAAGAUGAAAACAUAAUGCGCUCCAUGCAGCUCUUUGAAAAUGUGAUUUAAUUUCCAAUAGAUCCUCACUGGAACAGACAAAUGUGAACUGUCCCACCACACGAAGCUGGAGCUACCACUUCUAGCAUAGAUUGCUCAGCUUUUCACUGAAGCGUAUUAUGCAAACAAGCUUUGUUUUAAGAUAAAGCAGUCCCCAAAAGAUUUGCAUCAUUUUCAUACUGUCACUGAGUUCAUGGGAUGUUGUAACUCAUUUUAGACUCUGUGAAUAUUCAAAUUAUAGAAGCUGGCAUAGAGCUUGAUUCUUUAGCCAUGGGAUUACUAAGGCUUUCACGUAUCCGUGAUUUUAAAUUGUCCGUGUUUUUUUUGCCAUUCAUUUGUAUGUAUGGUCCUAGGAUUUUAAACGGUUUUCUAAAAUAUUGACAUCUGCAAUUUAAUUUCCAAAAUUAUUUUCAUGGCUGUAUGGUAUAAUUCCAUUU